AUACCUAUCCACACAUCCAUUUCCCCUCUCUCUCUCUCUCUCUCACCUAACAACCACUCCCUCUCCACCGCCGCCGACAAAGUCGCCGGAAAAAAAAUGUCUACGAAGGAGUGCACCCACCACAAGCAAAAGCGAAAGAAGCUAAUCCGGCAGUGCUGCGCCGGGCUUCUCAUCUUCCUCUUCGUCGUCCUCCUCACCAUUUUAAUCACCUGGGCGAUCCUCCAGCCGAAAAAGCCGCGGUUCUAUCUCCGGGACGCCACCAUCUUCAACUUCAACGUCACCCCCCCGAACAUCUUCUCCACCACCAUCCAAAUCACCGUGGAGUCGCGAAACCCCAACGACAACAUCGGCAUCUACUACGACCGCCUCGCCGUCUUCGCCGUCUACCGCGACCAGCAAAUCACCUUCGCCACCGCCAUCCCGCCGGUGUACCAGGGCCACAAGGACGACAAUCUCUGGUCCCCCUUCGUCUACGGCAACAACGUCCCCAUCGCGCCCUUCUUCGUCCCCACGCUCACCGCCGCCGAGGCCGCCGGCGGCGUCGGGAUCAUUUUCCGCCUCGACGGCCGCGUUCGGUGGAAAGUCGGCACCCUCAUCACUAGCCGUUACCAUAUCCACGUCAGAUGUCCGGCGUUUAUUCCGUUCGGAAACGUCCCCGGACCCGGCGGCAUCCUCGUCGGUAACGCCGUCAAAUACCAGUUCGUCGAGAGGUGCGAAGUUAGCCUUUGACCGUCAAGUCAACGUCGCCGCCGUCAAGUGAUCAUUUUCCGGUUUUCCCUGUUUUUACUUUUUAUUAUUUAUCAUUUUAUUCCAUAAUAAUUGUACAUUUUGCUAUUAAAAAGAAAAACAAAAAUAACGACGAGGAAGAAGUGACAGCAAAAUUUACAAUGAUGUAAGGUUAAGAUUAAUUUUUAAGGUUUUAUAAAUACGACGACAAAUAUGUAUAAUAAUUGUUUAUUAUUUUCUCUA